UAAAAAAUGGCAUUGAUUCAUGACAAUUUUUUCUGGAAGCAUCUAAUUCUAUGAACUAGUCUAUUUCUGAUUCAUUCUGAUAAAAUAUUUUUAUUCAAACAUCAAAAAUAAUAAACACAUAAAAUAUAUACUUUAAAAAAUUGAUCUUUCCUCUGAAAAGUUACAUUCUAAAUUCCUAGAAUUACCAGCUUCUCAAAAUGUUAGACCAAAUUGAGGAUAAUAAGAAAUCUCAAAUAAAGCAAAAACAAGUUGAGGACCAAUUAAAUGAACUGUUACACAGCUCAGCAAUAGAUUAUUCCUGAACAGUGAUUAAGAAAUAACAUAAUAGUUAUAAAUAGUUUCUUACAUCCGAUUUUUCCUUAUAAAGUGAGAAGGAGAUACGAAAAUAGCAUUCUUUGCCAAAAAAUGUUGAAGCUGGGAAAAAUUGGGCAAAAUGUUAAAGAAUGAAAGAUAUGGCAUACUUCAGGAGGAUACCCACAAACGGAAUUUAGCAAGAAGGAAUUCUACAGUGUGUUUAAUAAAUUAACAGAGGAUUUGUCAAUAUAAAAGUGCGCAGAUUUUUAAUAAAUGGACCCAAAACGAUAGCUGACUUUCCUUCAAAGGGAAUGAGUUCGUUUUGAAAAAUUUUGAACAAAGGAACUUCAUCCAUUUGUUUUGAGAAGUUAUAUUUUCCUAGAAAGCAGAUGCAAAGAAUCAUUUCUGCCUGAACUAGUUGUGAGCAAAUGAGAUUCUCAUUUUGAAUUGUUCGUAUUGAAAAUGCAAAAUUUAGAACUACUUUUAGAAACAAGAUUUCAAUACUAAGUUUUCUUAAUUGAGAAGGUGUUAAUAAAAGUGAUUGGGAUGAAUAUUCAGGCAAAGUCUAUUAUUUACUUAAAGCUAUAUCUCAAUCAGGUUUGAGAAAGAGGCUUGAAGAAUUAAAUCUUGGCCAAACAAUUCUUAAGAAAGAGACCGUCAUGAAUUGGACUAAUGAAUUAGGUCUAGAAGACAUGAAGAUUUCUUUUGAGCCCGAAGAGAAUUAAUGUAGGAGUUACAAUCUUAUAAAAUGAG